AUGCCUCAAUACCUGCCACCCGAGACCCCCUCGCCGACUGGAACUGCUGGCUCUCCCAGCUCGUACCGACCUCCUGCCAACAGACCACCCCAGGCACCUCAGCGACCUCCCCGACCAAGCCGAAUUCCUUCCAUGGUUGAUCAAACUCGCCUGCAAGAACCAACCCCUCUAUUCAUUGCACCAUAUUCCCCCAGUGCCGGAUACAUAACGGACCUCCCUUCAGCAAAUUCUAUGAGCCAGGCGAGCCUACAGAAAAAAGGUGUCAUUCUCGGACCUCCCCCAUCCAGCCGAAGGGGCGCGUCGUCGUUUUACUCCAAUGCCUCUUUCGUUUCUCCCAUCAUCGAGGAGAAUCCGUAUGCAAGGUCUCACGGCUCUUACGCCUCUAGUGCUGCGAUGCCUGAGAACUGGCCCUCCGCUAUAGAGGACAACCGCAACCCGAAUGCGGAGACAUUUUAUGAAGAAUCUAUUACGGACGCCAGCCCACGGUCAAUUUACGGAGACUUUGGUGAUGACAGACGACUGGUUCAACCGGUUGAGCUUGACUCUGCUGCCAUUCUCGUCCCUCCGAAUCAGCAGCAACCUAUUGGCACAAACAGGACAGUCGGAGGCGCCGGUGUCAGUGAUAAGAGGAUGUCUUGGAACGUUCUUGGCACUCAAAGACAGCCUUUGGACGCAGGAGAGUCAGGCAAGGAUGACAUUAUUCAGGCCUACGCUGCCGCAAGUUCUGGCGCUCCCGCUGUUUUUCGCAUGGGUCAAAGCCCACCUGCAAAUCCUCGCAGCUCAGCCCUCAAACAGGGACUUCGCAUUGACAUGGACGCAGUGGCCGUCCUGGUUCUGGACUCUCCGACAUGCUCGCAGCCUUCCCACCGCCAGUAUCAACGCCCCAAUUCAACAACGGUCCGAACCGCUCCUCAUGGCCUGGGCAAGGUGGAUGGCCACUAA